GUAACGUGCCACGAUACACGGCACGACGCCGUCGAUACAAUGCAGGGUGAAUUGUCGCAGUUAAUUUCGAGAAAUGGACCGCACUAGACGCGUCCUGCUCCUGCUGUAUUUAAGAAGAUGGAUAAAGAAAAGACAGAAACUGAGAAGAUACUGGAUCCACCCAUUUCUUUUAAUCAUGAAUAACGGGAGCCACUUUAUACAGAAGUACAAUGCCUUAAAAAUAGAUCACAUCAAGUUUUUUGAUUUCUUUAGAAUGAGUAUAUCAAGUUUCGAAGAGUUACUUGAUCGGAUAACGCCACAUAUAGCAGGAAAAUAUGGCAGAGGCAGACCACCUCUUGAACCUCUCGAGAUGCUGGGAUUAACUGUAAGGUUUUUGGCAUCAGGAAACACCUUUAAAGACAUGCAUUUAAACAACUAUCGUGGAAAGUCUAAUAUUGCUAAAACUGUAAAAAUAGUCUGUGGCGCUAUAUGGAAGCAUCUUUUGAUCGAAAAUAUACCGAAAAUAACUACUGAGCGACUAACAGAAAUUGCUGAAAACUUUGACAACAGUGCCAACUUUCCUAAUUGCAUAGGCGCACUUGACGGGAAACAUAUUCGUAUUUGGAGUCCCAAACAUGGCGGAUCUCUUUUUUAUAACUACAAAAAUUAUCAUUCUGUAUUGUUGUUGGCUUUGGUAGAUGCUAAAUACAGAUUUAUAUAUGUUGAUAUUGGAGCAUAUGGCAAGGAAUGUGACUCAACUGUUUACAAUAAUUCAAAAUUGAAUGAAUUACUGUUAAAAGGACAACUUCCUUUACCAACGCCAAAGCCUUUACCAGGCUCCCAAACACCUUGUCCUUUUGUUUUUGUUGCAGACGAAGGCUUACCAUUGACAAAUAAUAUAAUGCGCCCAUACCCAGGAAAACAUUUGACGAUUCAACAAAGAGUUUUUAAUUACCGUUUGAGCCGAGCAAGAAGAUAUGUAGAAUGUGCGUUCGGUAUACUGGCUAACAAGUGGAGGGUAUUUCAUCGACCAUUAAAUGUUUCUUUAAAUUUUUGCACAAAUAUUAUAAAAGCAAGCUGUGUUUUACAUAAUUUCAUUCUAAACCGUGAAGGAGCUCAAACAUUUGAAGACAUGAUAAUUGAUGAUUCGUUUAUUGAACUACAACAGUCAACGCAAGAGGGUAGAACAAGAGCUACCGACAUAAGAAAUGAAUUUUGUAAUUACUUUAACAGUGACGUGGGAGCUCUAAGUUGGCAACUAAAUAAAAUAUAGGAUAUUACUUACCAAAUUUAGUUUUUUCUUGAUUAUUUAAUUCUUGAAAACCAGGAAAUAAAUUUUCGCACACCUCUG